ACUUUGGCAGCUAGAUGAUCAAGCUCAUCACGGUGCUGGUCGCGGUCUUUGCUGCCGUCGCAGCGGUCGAAGGAGACUACCGUAUGCCUGUGAAGGUUAUCUUCCGUGCGUUCUGCUCCGCUUGUAAAUGGUUUAUCAGUGAUCCCAUCUUUAUGCUGCUCCAAGACGACGAAUUUCGCGCCGUGACGGACAUCCAAUAUGUACCAGCCGCCGCCAUGACCGAGACGGCCACAGGUGGUGUGACGUGCUAUGGAGGGAAGGAAGAGUGCGAGGGGCAUCUAUGGAUGGCAUGCAUUCUCGAUCGAUUCAAGACGUCCCCCAAAAUCACAGGCAUUCACAUGGCCUGCUUUGAGUCGGACGAAUCAGGGUACACCUGGCAAGGGAAGGUCGCGUACUGCUUCAGCGAUGCUGCCGACGUCGCAGCGUUGACUGAAUGCAAGGCUAACCAAGCGCUGCCGCUUCUCCGGGAGUUGAUGGUCGUUGCCAAGGCGAACGAAGGCCCAUGGCAACCAUACACUAUUGUGGACGACAUUGUCCUUGGCAGUGCGACGGUGGGGGUCUCCCUGGACAUGGUGAAAGACGAGAUCUGCCGUCAUUUCAAUGGCCCUGCUGAGCUCCUUCCUGCGUAUUGCAUGAACGUGGCUGGCGUCGUUCUGCGCACACCACCACCAGUUACCGCGACCGAUCCCCCCGCCGCGGAAAAGGUCACGGUUCAAGUGGUUUGGCGCGCUUACUGCCCCGCGUGCCAGUGGUUCUUUUCCCACCCGUUCUACCAAGUGCUGAGCGACGCAGCAUUUCAAGCCAUCGUGGAUAUUGAACUGUACCCAUCUGGAUCGACCAAAGAGACGUCUCCGGGGGUGUUUACCUGCACGGGUGGUGCCUCCGAGUGCGCGGGGCAUCUUUACAUGAGCUGUGCGCUGCGAUUGUUUCCUCAGCUCCACGACGUUGCCGCGAAUUUCAAGUGCAUGGAAGAAAGCAGCGAUACAUGGGACCGCCGCAUGGCCGCGUGCUUCUCCGGCCCGGGGCUGGAAAAAAUCAAAGCGUGCUUUGGAUCGGACGAGUCGAAGCGAUACCUCCACGAUUACGUGGCCGUGACGUCGACGAUGGACACCCCGUGGAUGCCAUACGUAAGCGAAACGAUCUGUUGCCGAGCAAGCGUGUGAUGGACUGACUUGGAUGUGGUAGAUCAAAGUGAAUGGAAAGGUGCAAGGCACUGCGACCACGGGGGUGGGGUAUGACAUGCUGACCAAGGCCAUUUGCGACGCCUACGACAGCGAGGUAUGGUCGUGGCGUUUAUAUCACGAGUGUGACAGCACCGCAGGUGAAUCGGCCGAGCGUUUGUGCACCGUUGGGGAAGGAACCGGCUAAAGGAGCAAGCACGGAAUCUGCCGCUGCGGUGGUGGCAGCAGUGGUGCAAACAACCACUUUGGCAGUGUCGACGGCCGCGGUUCCUGUGCAAACGACGCUCCAAGUCGUCAAAGCGAAGGAGAAGAAGCCCGUGAUGCCCUGUCGUCAAAAGGAGAAGGGAUUUGUGUAUGAAGACCCACCUGGCAUUGGUGUCCCAGUCACUGGCGGGACCCCAAGCGAGGCACGGGCGGCGGGUGGCGUCGCAACACCGAUCAAGCUAUCCAGCUCGACACCUUCGUCCAUCAUCACGAACCCGCUUCUCCUUCCCGUGCUGCUCAUCGGAGGGCUUCUCUACGCCGCCCUUCGCUAUUACUCCAAGCCAGACAAGAAGGACUUGUAACGCAGCCUAGAUGUCGAAUAGACCAUCACGAGGAUUUUCUUCGUGGUUUGAUUGGUGGA